AUGACGGUGACGUUCUGCGGCCCAUCGUGGAAUGACGCGAUAGAGGCCCCGAAUAUGGAUCCAAGCAGCCCCUUUCCCGAUACUGUCAGAAUUACGCCAUCUCGAUUGUCGGCCAGCCAGCCAAGUAACCGACAACGACGACCCGGGCAACCACCGAAAUCCCGACAGGGGAGCCAGGCGGCGACAACAAGUUCUUUGUCCCGGGCACAGCCUUCGUUUAGGCCGGGUAGAUCAUCAUCAGCUCAGCUGCCCCCGAUCAGAUCGCAGCGCCCUGGUUCAUUGUAUUCGUCCUCAGCAUCUCAUUCCCAACAGCGAACGCAGUCUCAUGUCGAAAACGAUAGUGGUAAUUUGUUGGACCAGGAUGAAUACCCAGACUCCUGCAACGAUGUUAUUCUUGCCCUUGAACUCCAGAGCAACGGAGGCUUUGGUUCCGCCUUUUACUCUGUCAUGGAAGAGAGCCUGUUUAUCCAGCAAGACACUAUGGCCGGCAUAGAGCUCAUCGAAACAAUUCUACUCCAUGUGCAGCCCACCAAAGUUAUUGUCCCAAACCGUGCAUCAGAUGAGCUAGUAACGUACCUGGAGCGUCGUGCUCAUAAUAUCCAAGGCAACAAUGAAGGUAUCCACCCAUCUCUGGUCAUGAACAUGGCAGGCGACUCUGCAUUGGAGGCCGAUAUCAGUGGUUCGGCAUUCGGAUCGAACCAAGGAAACCUGAGACUAGGCUCACUGAUCAAUCUAUCCAGUCGCCUUUCGAUUGGAUGUGCCGGCGCGAUCCUGAGCGAACUCCAACGUCGUCGGGCCUCGGAGUGUCUUUACAGAGAUCAAGAUGUAUCGGCUGCACAUGCCAUUCGGACAAUUACCAUGUUUGAUCUGGCAAACUCCAUGUUUCUCAAUGACGACACUCUUGAUGCCCUUCAGAUCCUACGGUCAGAGUCUCACCCAGAUAGUCAAAAAGGUGGCCCGGACAAAUCGAGUUCGGGGGCGAAAGAAAGCCUCUCCGUUUACGGACUGUUCCAACGACAUGCACGCACACCCCAAGGAAAAGCCAAAUUAAAGCAAACAUUUCUCCGGCCCAGUACAGAUAUGGGUCUUCUGGGUGAGAGACAUCGCAUCAUUGCAAUACUGCUUCGACCGGAAAACAGUGAAACAUUCACAAUGAUUAUAAAACAUCUGCGGAUGAUCAAGAAUAUGAAGGCGAUCAUGAGUCACAUCCAGAGAGGUGUGGACAAGCCAUCCUCUCUAGCGCCCGCCAAGAGAGGAGUUUGGAAAAGUUUGCAACGCUUCUCCAAGUUUACGGUUGAGCUCUACGAAACAGUCAGAGUGCUUGAAACUGGAGGAGCGCCUCUUGAAGUAGUGAACAGGAUGCAGGCGCAGGUUGAUCCGCGCCAGAUUAUGCAGGUCGGAAAAGUGGUCUCGGAUACGAUUGACUUUGACGCUACCGAGACUAUCAACGACACAGUUAUCCUCCCUGGGGUCAGUGAAGAUCUUGAUCAGCUGACCCGCACCUACAAUGGUUUUCCGAGUCUCCUUCAGGAGACUGCACGUCAUAUAGUCAGGGAUGUACCAGAAUGGGCUGCGGCUUACAUUGAACACUGCAUAUACUACCACCAGCUUGGCUUCUUGACAGUAAUUUCAGCAAAUGCCAAUGGAGAGCCCAACUACGAUGGACCAGAACCUGGGGCUGGCGACGACUGGGAGAGGAUAUUCGUUCACGAAGGUAACUUCUACUUCAAGAACAGACGUAUGAAGGAGCUCGAUGACUAUUUUGGCGACAUUGUUGCCCAAAUACACGGUGAGCAACCUUCUACGUCCCUGUGCUGCCGCAAGAGCUCAUUGGGGGAGCUGGACAGCCUCACUGCUCUAGCAGCUGUCGCGCAGCAGUAUAACCUUACCGCGCCUGAGAUGACCGAGUCAAACGUCCUCGAAAUAAAAAACGGACGUCAUUUGCUUCAAGAAUUGGUUGUUUCCGCAUUUGUGCCCAAUGACUGCCUUUUAUGUGGUGGGAACGGCAGUGAGAGUGAGAGUGCAGGCAGCUCGACCUCGGAGCUUUCGCAUUCGGAAGGUGAAAAAACGCCGAGCAUGCUCAUUCUUACUGGUCCGAAUCAUUCUGGGAAAAGUGUUUAUCUCAAACAAGUGGCUCUCAUAGUCUAUCUUGCCCACGUCGGUAGCUUUGUUCCUGCAGAGUGGGCAAGGAUUGGAACUGUGGACAGGAUACUCACCAGGGUUUCAACUCGUGAGAGUGCCGCCAGGCCUGAGUCUGCCUUUGCCAUUGACAUGCGUCAGGCUGCGUUCUCCAUCAACCUUGCGACAAGACGCAGUCUUGUGUUGAUUGAUGAGUUCGGCAAAGGUACCAGCCCCGUCGACGGUGCGGCGCUGGCUGCAGCUCUCUUCACACAGUUCGCAGAAGCCGGCGAAAAUGUACGUCCAAAGGUUCUUGCGGCUACUCACUUCCACGAGAUCUUUGAGCAAGAAUUGCUAGCACAGAGCCCCACGGUAGGCUUCGCGCACAUGGAAAUCAAUGUUGACUACAAUACUCAGUAUCUUGAGGAUCAGGUGACCUUUUUAUAUACAAUGGUUCCUGGAAGAAGCAUAUCAAGCUUUGGGACCAAUUGUGCAUUACUGAAUGGAAUCGACGACAAGAUUGUAGCGAGGGCUGAGGCACUUAGUCUACUCAUGGCUCAUGGCGAAGACCUUUCGGCCGCGUGCGCGAGUCUCUCCGAAGAGGAGACCAAACAACUUCACAAAGCCGAAAACAUAGCCCGAGAGCUUCACGUCAGAGCCCAUAAUUUCAAGUCAAUCAGAAGAGUGUUGAACGUGGCCGACGGACCGGACCCGCGGCGCCCGUGA